AUGAGGGCCUCACAAUGUCUCUUCAACCCGGCUACGGCCCUUUGCAAACUCUUCAUUAGCAAUGCCGCAGCCUUGGAGAACCCGAGGCAACUGCAGCGCCUGCUGCUACCCAGCCGAACCGUCCCCAUCCAGCUCUUUUCACCAUCGUCACAACGUCAUUUUUCCGUCUACCAUGCCCGCAUGUUGAACAGUUACCAGCUUCAUAGGCGUGAGAAGAUUGCAACGGAAAAGGCGGCUAGUCGUGGAACAAUGCGCGACUACGACAUCGUCUUCCCGUGGAUCCAGUUACGACAACCAGACGGCAGUCUCUCCCCGCCGCAGCGAACGCACCUCGUGCUCAAGGAUCUCAACCUGGAACUAGACACUCUCAUACUUCUCGCUACCCCCAGGCCGGACGACUUGACUCCCGGUCCAGAAUACCCAAUCUGCCGUAUCGCAGACCGCAAAGCCGAGUUGGCGGCGGAGGCUGAGAGGCUGGCGAUGAGGAAAAGCACACCCAAGAUUACCACCAAGAAGUUGGAGAUCAACUGGGCGAUCGCACCCCACGACCUACGCUUGAGAAUGGCGCGGCUCAAAGAGUUCCUUGGCAAGGGUUUCCAGGUUCAGGUCACUCUGAGACACCCGAAAUUGAGGAGAAAGAAGAGGGCGGACCAUGAUCAGUCAAAGGUGGUACUGAAGCAGGUUGAGUCAGUGGUCUCAGAAGUUCCUGGGGCCAAGGAGACCAAGCCUAGGGAGGGCACACUGGGGGAGAUGUUGGUCCUGCUUCUACAGGUGCCACCUAGCAAACUUGGGAACGCACCGACAGAGACGGCGCCAGCAGCUACGGAGGAGGCCCCGGCAGAGGGAAAAGCAGAGGCAGAGACAACCCCAAGUCCGGUCCAGAGGCCGGUAGCAGAAGAUAUAAGGAUGGCCUGA